UAAAGAAAUAGGUUGGUCAAUGUGAAAUAAAUAUUAAAUUAUUGUUUUAUAGAUAGAUGAAAUGACAUUGAGAAAGUAAAAGCGAUGACGACGAUGAUGCAAUGGUGUAGAAGAAGUUUGUUGAUGCAAAGGAAUAGUCGAAGGCUUACUACUACUCUCUCAAACUCCGUCGAUCAUCAUCUUCUUCAAGAUAAUGUUUUGGUUGAAGGAAAUGGUUACUCCAGACUCGCUCUUCUUAACAGACCUUCCUCUCUCAAUGCCAUCAAUACAAACAUGGCUGCUAGAUUGCAUAAACUAUAUAGAAGUUGGGAGGAUAACCCUGAUAUUGGCUUCGUCAUGCUCAAGGGAACUGGUCGUGCAUUCGCAGCUGGUGGGGAUAUUGUCUCCCUAUACCGUUUUAUAAAACAAGGGAAUUUGGAGGCCUGCAAACAAUUUUUUAGAACAGCAUAUAGUUUUAUAUACCUGAUAGGUACAUAUUUGAAGCCGCAUGUUGCUCUUCUUAAUGGCAUUACCAUGGGUGGUGGGGCAGGAAUUUCAAUCCCUGGGACAUUCCGACUUGCAACAGAUAAAACUGUUUUUGCGACCCCUGAAGUUCUUAUUGGAUUUCAUCCUGAUGCUGCAGCAUCUUUUUACCUUUCACGUUUACCUGGUCACAUAGGAGAGUACUUGGCUCUGACAGGGGAAAAGCUCAACGGAGUAGAGAUGGUUGCCUGUGGGCUUGCUACACACUAUUCACUACUUGCAAGGCUUCCGCUAAUCGAAGAACAGCUUGGGAAAUUGGUUACCGAUGACCCAUCUGUCAUAGAAACCACUUUAGAACAGUAUGGUGAUCUUGUACACCCAGGCAGCAGUAGUGUACUACAAAGGCUUGAAAUUCUAGAUAAAUGCUUUGGCCAUGACACAGUUGAAGAGAUUGUUGAUGCAUUGGAAGUUGCCGCAGGUCAAACCAAGGAUGCAUGGUGCAUUUCUACCCUAAAUAGACUUAAAGAAGCUUCUCCAUUGAGCUUGAAGGUUUCCUUGAGAUCUAUACGAGAAGGUAGAUUUCAGACCCUUGAUCAGUGCUUGUUGCGCGAGUACCGAAUGACUUUACAAGCAAUAUCUAAACAGAUAUCUGGUGACUUCUGUGAGGGAGUGAGGGCACGUGUGGUGGACAAGGACAUGGCACCAAAGUGGGAUCCUCCAACUUUGGAAAAGGUUUCUCAAGAUAUGGUGGAUCAGUACUUCUUACCUCUAACUGAAUUUGAACCUGAUCUAGAGUUACCAACAAAAUCCCGUGAAGCAUUUUUGUAGCUAACCUUUCUUCGAAGGUGCUUCUAGAAUUGGACAAACAGACAUACACCAUUGAUAUUUUGCAGGGAAAAGAUCAAGCAUGAACUUAUUGACAAUCUCAUGGACAUGGUAGCUAUUGGAUUUUACCAUAUGUAGAUUGAACUUGAAUUGUGAAACAGCUUUAGUCCUUGUUUGGCAUAGAGGAGUGUCUCCCUCUUAUUAUGGCCUAUGUAUAAUUAUUGGUGUGAACGUUCAUAGAACAGUUAUAUUUUCUGAAAAUAAAGUUAGGAUUAAGAUGUAUCGUGCCGAUUGUGGAAUACCAUUUGUACAGGCUAGUCAAAUAUAAUUUUUGGUAACUUCUGUUUAGUCUGAUCA